UGGAAGCCAGCUCCUUCAAACCCUAAUAACGGAACUCAAGGCAGCAGCAACAAUGAGACCACUUCCUCACCCGAGGUGGAGAUUGUGAACAAACAUAAUGACCUGAGGAGGAAUGUGCAGCCUUCUGCAAGCAACAUGUUGAAAAUGAGCUGGAGCAGCGAGGCAGCAGCCAACGCUCAGAGAUGGGCUGACAGCUGCUCAAUGAAGCACAGCAGAACGAGCUCCAGAAAGAUCAGCUCGAGCGGCUGUGGAGAGAAUCUAUACAUGUCCAGCAACAAGAGAAGCUGGAGUCAUGCUAUCCAGUCCUGGUACGACGAGGUGAAUGACUGGCGCUAUGGAGAGGGAUCCAUCAACGGAACGGCUGUCGGCCACUUUACACAGGUUGUUUGGUACAGGUCCAACCUUGUUGGCUGUGCUAUGGCUCACUGUCCAGGCUCUCAGUACAGUUACUUCUAUGUCUGCCAAUACUGCCCACCUGGAAACUUCCAGUUAUCUCACCCCUACAAGAGAGGACCCUCUUGUGGUGACUGCCCCAACUCUUGCGACAACAGACUUUGCACCAACCCCUGCAAAUACAUUGACAGGUACGAUAACUGUCCUAGUCUGAAGAGGCAGCAUGGCUGUGGCCACAGCGAAGUGGCUGCCUGGUGUCCGGCCUCCUGCAAGUGCAGCAGUGAGAUCAAUUAAACUCCACAGAUCCACAUGGUGUCUGUUUUAAUAAAUAAGUGAAUUGUGUGAGCUGCUUUCCUAUGAUUUUACUUUGGAAAUCAAGUUCACAAUGCUCAUUUGUUAUUGCUGCUAAUGCCCUUCAGGAUCUUUGAUACAUUUGCUGUACUUGCAUGAUUCUUGCAGUACUUGGAUUGCAAACUCAUGAUUGAAUACAUUAACUGUAUUGCUAUUAACUUUGGAUGAAAGUGCCAAACCUCAAAAAUAAAAACAUUUUACCUACAACAACAA